AUUUUAGAGUUCAGAUCAAUUGUCAGCAUUUUUAACAUCGAGCACACUUGCCUUUGCUUCCACACACGAACACACAAACACACACAGCAUUCUCUCAUUCGGUGCCAAAUUUGCCACACACAUAACACGCACGCGCUCUUAGCUUUUUCUUCUUCUUUUUUUUUGCUUCUUCAAAUGGACAAGCCAACCACACAAAAUAUCGUUGUUUACACUCAAAAUUUUAUAAAUCGAAUGAAUUCAUCUCUUUCUCUAUAUCAAUGAAACAUUUGAAUUAUAAAAAAUGGAUGCAGAUGUCAUACGUGAGAAUAUAAAAAAUAACGUGAAUAAAAUUAAACAAAUUCAAAAUGAAAUCAAUUUGAAAAUGAAUGAAAUUGCUCAUAUAUUGAAUUCUAUCCAUAAUAAUGCUCAAUCAUCAAAACAUUUUCCAUAUUUGAAAAAUUUAAUUGCCCAAACAUUGGAAAAAAGAUCACAAAUAGAUCAGUUAUUAAAUUAUGUUCAAAUAUGUUCGAAUAAACUGGACGAUCAAACUACGAUGGCUACUAUGAAUCACAAUAAAAAUCAUCAUCAUUAUAGACGUUUAUAUUAUGACCGAUUAGAAUUAUUAAAAUUUCGAAAUCAAUCUUUCAAUUCAAAUCUUGAAAAAAUUCCGUUUGAAAUCAGACGACAUCAUUAAUUAUGUUACUGUCAAAUUGUUAUUAAAUUUUUUGAUUUUUUUUUUGUCUUGCAAUAAAUUCAUUUUUUUCGAUAUCUUAA